AUGGCGACCGCGGUCAGCGUGCUUCUUGGAAAAGUACGUCUAUCCAUGGUUCGUAAGCCUCCUACUAUUGACCACUGGAUCUAUACGUAAUUCAAUACUAGCCACAAAGUCAGAGAAAUCGCCAUGGCUAAAUAUCGAACUGAUUUUAAUCAUCCAUGAGAUAGUUAUAUGGUUAGGCCAUAUCCUUGGUAACCGCUACUUCGCUUCCAGGGACCUGGAAACGAAUGUCCUCAGGCCAGUGAAACCGCUGACAGGAAUUGCUAAACAUUUAAAUCGCAGGCUCAAGAUCCUAUAUGCUGCUGUCAUCAUAUCAAUGACGCUUUUCUCCAUAAUGCUUUGCACGCUAUUUAUAGUGACACAUAUACUGUGGGGCCAAUUGUCAUCCCAGUUUCCCCAUGUACAUGGUCCAGUAGAUAAUAUAUUAUAUGGGUUUGUACUAAUUGCAAUUGUUUAUAACCUCGGUGUGGGACUUGCUUUAUUCUGAACUUUAUCACUGCUGUAUUGUUGUUACGAAGCUCGCUUGAAAAUCAUCGAAAACAUUUUCCUCAAAUGGAAGCACUCGUCAAGCGAUGCCGUCUCAUUUUUCGUACAGUUGUACGCGCGGCCGGUGAAGAAUUCCUGGAAACGAAUCUCGUGGUGGUUCCUCGCGCAUAACGUCGUGACACUCGCGAUACCGCUGUACGGCUACGAGCUGGCUCAGGCCGUUUCCGGUCGUGCAUACCACUCGAAACAUCUGCCACAGUUUAUUUGUUACUUGAUAUUUACCGUGACCAUCUGGCUUGCGCCUACCGUUGUUGGUGAGCUAAUAAAGGGACGAGAAAGAAAAUUUAUGGAGCGAAUCAACGAUAUCUCCCCUUGGUCACUGGAAACUGAAAGUCAUUCUCUUGGUGAGGUGCAUUCUGUCAGAUCUGGGACGCAAUCCCAAGGUGAACAAGAGAUCGACUCCCUUGGCGACACCGUAAGCGACUCCGAACCUUUGCUCUCUUCAAAAAAUAAUGACUUAAACUUAACCCUCAACCCUCGCCAAACCGCUUCCCAAUAUUCUAUCGGCUCAACCUCUAUGGAAGGUUCCGACAUCGCUCCGACGCUUUCCGAGUAUACAUUCGCGUCUCGAGGCAAAGAGUUGAGAAAUUUUCUGCGGUUUUUAAAACGAAGGACGCCCGGGUUGGUGUCGCGAGGAUAUUCAUUGCAACUGAAUUUAUCGCUCAUUUCUCUCCUUGGUGGAGCUAUCUCGUUUCUCAUUAAACUGAAUAGUAUGAAUUCUGAAGAUAUCGUGUAUAGAAAUUGUAACUGCACAAUGUCGUAG